AUGUUUCGUCACGUAGCUCAAAAUUUGGGCUCUAAGAGCACCUCUAUUCAGACAUGCCGCGGUUUGAGAACUCGCUGGGAGCGCGGAUACCUCAAGGAUCUUUACCACCGUCGUCAGAUUCUCGGAGCCGAUCCUGAAGUUUCCAGAUCUUCCUAUCCAAAUUGCUCGGUGCAAGUGCGAAAUCAUCACUGCGCUGGUGACAAAUUCACUCAACAAUGGGCACCUAUCAAAACUGGAAUCGACAAUUCUUCCGACGAUUUUUCCGCUAACAACUCGGAAAUGAAGGUUCUCGUGGACGAUUUGAAGGCGAAAAUCGCUAAAAUCGAACAAGCAGGAGGAGAGAAAGCAGUGAAACUUCAUAGAAGCCGUGGAAAAAUGCUCGCCAGAGAGAGAAUCGAUGGGCUAGUCGAUUCUGGAUCUCCAUUCCUCGAGUUUUCUCAACUCGCCGGUUAUGAGAUGUACGGAAAAGAAGAGGUGCCAUCCGGUGGAAUUCUCACUGGAAUCGGAAUAGUUUCCGGAAGAGUCUGUGUGAUUGUUGCCAAUGAUGCUACAGUUAAAGGAGGAACCUACUACCCAAUCACCGUUAAAAAGCAUCUUCGUGCUCAGGAAAUCGCUCGCGAGAACAAUCUUCCAUGCAUCUACCUCGUCGAUUCCGGAGGCGCCAAUUUGCCACGUCAAGCUGAUAUUUUCGCCGACAGUCAGCAUUUUGGACGAAUUUUCUAUAACCAAGCGACCAUGAGCAGUCAAGGAAUCCCUCAACUUGCAGUUGUAAUGGGAAGCUGUACUGCUGGAGGAGCCUACGUUCCAGCUAUGUCUGAUCAAGCCAUUAUUGUAAAAGGAACCGGAACUGUGUUCCUUGGAGGACCACCACUAGUCAAGGCUGCUACUGGAGAGGAAAUUUCAGCUGAAGAGCUCGGUGGAGCAGAUUUGCAUUGUGGAGAAUCGGGAGUAACUGAUUAUUAUGCUCAUAACGAUCAACAUGCGCUCUACUUGGCUAGAAGUUGUAUUGCUGGACUUCCACCAGUCGAGGAGCAGAUGACCUUCAAUCCUAAUGCUGAUGAGCCACUAUACCCAGCUGAUGAAAUCUACGGAAUCGUUGGUUCCAACCUCAAAAAGACCUACGACGUCCGUGAAGUCAUCGCUCGUAUCGUCGACGGCUCCAGAUUCCACGAAUUCAAGGAGCGGUACGGAGAGACUCUCGUCACAGGAUUCGCCACAAUUUACGGUCAACGUGUCGGUAUUCUCGCGAAUAACGGAGUGCUAUUCGCAGAGAGUGCCAUGAAGGGAGCCCAUUUCAUUGAACUAUGCUGUCAACGGAAGAUUCCACUGCUUUUCCUUCAAAAUAUCACUGGAUUCAUGGUCGGAAGAGACGCCGAAGCCGGUGGAAUCGCCAAGCAUGGAGCUAAACUUGUUACGGCGGUGGCAUGUGCCAAUGUUCCAAAGAUUACAGUGUUGGUUGGAGGAUCCUAUGGAGCUGGAAACUAUGGAAUGUGUGGAAGAGGAUAUAGUCCAAGAUACGUGUUCAUGUGGCCAAACUCUCGAAUCUCUGUAAUGGGUGGUGAGCAAGCGGCGAACGUGUUGUCGACAGUUCAAAAAGAGAAAAAGAAAAGAGAAGGAGCCGAGUGGACGGAUCAACAGGACCAGGAUCUUCGCAGGCCUGUUGAGGAGAAAUUCGAGAAGGAAGGACACCCGUAUUUCGCGUCCGCCCGUCUAUGGGAUGAUGGAGUUAUCGAUCCAAAGGAUACGAGAAAGGUCCUCGGCCUCGCCUUUCAAUCCACCCUUCAAAAGCCGAUUCCUGACACCAAAUUCGGUGUUUUCCGCAUGUAA